GGAGGGUGAAACGUUAAAAAUAAUAAUAAUAAUAAUAAAUGAAAAUGGAUAUGGUGGCAGAGUUGGGGGCGAGUAGACACUAUCGGGCGCCGGGUGAACCGAGCCACCAGCAGCCUCAAAGGUGGUUCAAUACGGCUGACAUCACAGCGUCUCACCAAAGCAGCCUGCUGAAGCAGCUCAACCAGCAGCGCCACCAGGAGCUCUUCUGUGACUGCAGUGUUCUGGUGGAAGGUCAGCUCUUCAGGGCCCACCGGAACGUCUUGUUCGCCAGCAGCGGGUACUUCCGCAUGUUGCUGACCCAGGGGCCCGACGGGCUGCCCGACACCGUCAACGCCACCUUUGACGUCUUCAGCCCAGAGACAUUUACUGUCAUCCUGGACUUUAUCUACUCCGGCCAGCUGGACCUCUCCAGCCACAAUGUGAUUGAAAUCAUGUCUGCAGCCAGCUACCUGCAGAUGAACAGUGUCAUCAACUACUGUAAGAACUUCAUCAAGUCCUCCUUGGACAUCAGCGUGAAAGACGAGGACAGCGACCGCUGCCUCAGCUUGUCGGAGACGUGCUCGUUCACCAGUGGAGCAGGGGACGAGUCCACAGAGCACCAGCAGCAAGGCCCCCGCUCUGUGAGCCCGCCACCAGCCCUCUGGACCCGCGACAACUCCAGAUCCCAGUCUGGGUUUAUGGGGAAAGACGGGGAACAGGAAGCGUCUGCCGCUGCCAUUAAGACCAAUCCAAGCAGCCCAGUCAAUGAYUUUAAUGCAGAGGUAGAUGACCUGCAGGACCCUCAGGACCCUCUGUACACAUUGCCUGGAUCAGAGCGCCGGCGUGCACGAGCGGGGGCCAACAAGAGGAGGGCGUCCGUCAGCACUCGCUCCAGCCAGCACGAGGACCUGGACAUCCAGGAGGCGAGAACUCAAAAGGCCGAAAAGGCAGAGGAGCUUUAUGCCACACUACCACCGAUYGUUGGCGUCAUUAGCCACUUUAAUAAAGAUUCCAACCCAAUUAUGCGUUUCAAAUGCCCCUUUUGCACACACACGGUGAAGAGGAAGGCUGACCUGAAGCGUCACCUGCGCUGUCACACGGGGGAGAGGCCGUAUCCGUGUCAGGCCUGCAACAAGCGCUUUACCCGCCUGGAGCAUCUCCGCAGCCACUUUGAGACGAUCCAUCAAGCCAGGAAGCUGGUGUGCAGGAAGUGCAAAUGUCAGGUGACAGAAGAGACUGGCCAUGUGGUUUGUGAGGGCACGCGCCGCUACCGCAUGUGCACCACCUGCAUCCAGGAAGUAGGCUGUGACGACGUCCCCAUGGACGGUCUGCAGGCGUCCAGCGAGGAGCCAGCUCUGCUACUGGGCGUGGACGGUGAGGAGGAGGGGGACACCAAGAGGAACUGGAUGGUGAACGAUGACGAUGACCUGGCUGAGGACUCGGGGGCGGACCUCAUCAUCCAGCAGGUGGAUGACAGCGAUGAGGAGCUGCCGUGAAACAGGACCAAAGUGUGUGCAGACAAAAAAGCCACGCGAGAGAAUUUAGAACUUGUGCAUAAACUUUGUGGUCCAGUGGUGUAAAUACACACGUCUGUGUUGUAUUAGGAGUCAGUUAGUUAAACACGACUAUUAUUUCAUUUCAGUAAGACGGUGGUGAGGAUGAAAGCUUUUUGAACGUCUUGCUGAAUAUAUGCAGUAUUCAAAGCAUGCAUAAUAUGUGUUUAUUUUGGUUCUGUGGGAGUUGAAUUAUAAUCUUUUCAGUAAGUAUUUAUAUGCAUGAAAAGCAAAACAUAUCUGCAGCGUUUUUUGGACUUUUUCUAGUAAUUUAAGACACAUAGCAUCUCAGACUGAAUUAUGGCUCAGUAAUUCAUUUAAAAUGAGAAAAUCUCCCAAGACACAUAUGUAAUUUUUAUAUUAUUAUUAUUUUGCUUUUAAGUUGUUGCUUGACCCUUAUAUGCACCAUGACACAAAUUAUUAUUUAUUCGUCUUUAAUUUUGUCAUAUUAAAGAUAUUUUUGUAUUUG